AUGCCUUGUUCUCAUGGUGGGGGUGUGCUUAGGGACAGAAAAAAGAAGGGAGAACAGCAGCGGCCGCCGUCCGAGGGCCGGGGCCGGGGCCGCGACCUGCACCGGGACCGCACCCGUUCUCGCUCCCGCUCGCGGUCCCCGUUGUCCCGCCGCGGCGCCGCGCCAGAGCGCAGGGAGGCCCCGGAGCGCCCGAGCUUGGAGGAGGCAGAGCCCUCGGAUUCUGGGGACGAGAUGGUGGACCCGGCCAGCUUGGAGGCGGAGAUCGACCACGGCCUGUGCCGCCAGAUCCACCAUCAGUACCGGGCGCUCAUCAACUCCGUCCAACAAAACCGGGAGGAUAUUCUGAACGCCAGCGACAAAUUAACAGAGGUCCUUGAAGAGGCCAACACUCUGUUUAAUGGAGUGUCCCGAGCAAGAGAAGCAGUUCUAGAUGCCCAGUUUCUUGUUCUGGCUUCUGAUUUGGGCAAAGAGAAAGCAAAGCAGCUGCGCUCUGAUCUGAACUCAUUUGAUAUGUUAAGAUAUGUUGAAACUCUGUUGGGUUCAAUACAAGGAGAACUUCCUGCGCCAAAGCCACGAAUUGAUCGUCCAAGAAAACAUCAUAUGAUAGAAGAGCAGAGAGCAAUGCCUGCUCAGUUGAAAAGAAUGGAAGAAUCUCACCAAGAAGCAACAGAAAAAGAAGUGGAAAGAAUCUUGGGACUGUUGCAAACAUAUUUUCGAGAAGACCCUGAUACUCCAAUGUCCUUUUUUGACUUCGUGGUUGAUCCACAUUCUUUCCCCCGUACAGUGGAAAACAUCUUUCAUGUUUCCUUCAUUAUACGGGAUGGUUUUGCAAGAAUAAGACUUGACCAGGACCGACUGCCAAUAAUAGAACCUGUUAAUAUUAAUGAAGAAAGUGAGGGAAUUGACCAAAACACCCAAAUCAGGAAUCAAGGAAUUAUAGCUUUGAGUUACCGUGACUGGGAGGAGAUCGUGAAGACCUUUGAGAUUGAGCCUGUGAUUGCUUCAGGUCAGAGCCGGCAGAGGCUGAGUGCUUGACGCCAGCUGAAGGACUUAAACGGAUAGUGAAAUCCAAAUGGAAAGCAGCAUGUAUUGUAUAUAUUGUAUGAUUAAACAUUUUUAAAGACAAAUUGUUUUUAGUAAAAUGUAGCUUUUGAUAGUUAAUGAAUUUGUCAUGGUUGUCUUUGAAUA